AUGAAAACCAUUAUUGCUUUCACCGUCCUCAUCGCCGUCGCCCUGGCGGCUCCAGCUGUACUACAACCGGAAGUGCUCCUCGUAAAGGAGACUCCGUCCGAUAACGUCGGUCUCGGCAACUACAAUUAUGGCUAUCAACUUUCCGACGGGCAAACUAAAGAAGAAACUGCAGAAUUGGUCCCGGGUGGUACCGAUGGCCAAUUCCUCAAGGUUCGCGGUACCUUCUCCUUUGUCGACCCGAUCACCAAUGUCGCGUACACCGUGAACUAUGUUGCCGACGAAAAUGGUUUCCACCCGGAAGGAGAGCACCUUCCAAAAGCUUAA